CUGAGAGGGAGGCACCUCCGGAAAGGGGAGCCACGCGGCUGUGCUGGCAGGACCGCAGUGCCUGCCACCGCUCCGGAGAAAGCCCUCACGCCCGCGCUCGCACGUACGUGCACACAGCCAGCAGGGAGAGUGCACGCCAGAGCUUUUUAGUGCAGGGCGCCUUAAAGCGAUGGCAUCUGCCCUCCACAGCAAAAUCCACACGCCAGGCUCUAAAGCCGACGCCCGCGCUGGUGCGGACUGGAGAAUGGACUGUGAUCCCGAGAUGCACGUGAAAAUGUGCAAGAAAAUCGCUCAGCUCACCAAGGUGAUUUAUGCCCUAAAUACCCGCCAGGAUGAGGCAGAGGCCAGUGCGGAGUCACUGCGGGAAGCCCACCAGGAGGAGCUCCAGGAUGCGGUGGCUGAAACCAGGGCCAGGCUCCUGCAAGAACAGGGCCGCCCCAGUGAAGAUGCUGAGGCCCUUCUGAAGCGCAUCCAGACCCUGGAGAGUGCCUUGGAGCUGCAGAAGAGGCUGACACAGGAGGCCCUGGCUGAGUCAGCCUCCUGUAAGUUAGAAACCAAAGAGAGAGAGCUGCGGGCCUAGGCUGAGCAUGCUGAACGAGUCCUGACCCUUUCCAAGGAGAUGCUGGAGCUCAAAGCUGAUUACGAGAAGAGGCUCCUACUGCUGACUAACCACGAGGGCCCCCAGUGGGUCCCGCUAUCCCAAGAGAGCCCUGAUGCCACAGCUGAAUCUGGCCAGCGGCCAGGGAUGCACCAGGUCCUGCUGGAGGUGGAGCGACUGAGAUCUGAGAACCAGCAGCUGAGCCAGGAUUAUGCCCGCAAAGCAGAGGAGCUACAAGCCACCUAUGAGCGGGAAAAUGAGGCCAUCCGGCAGGCCAUGCAGCAGUCCGUUAGCGAGGCCCUAUGGCAGUGGCAGGAGAAGGAGUCAGGCCUUCGAAAGAACUUCCAGGUCCAGGAGUCAGCCCUGCAGGCUCAGGUCAGGAAGCUGGAAGGGGACCUGGAGCACAGAGGGCGCAAGAUAAGUGACCUGAAGAAGUACGCCCAGAAACUGAAAGAAAGGGUCCAGGACCUCGAUGUGCAGCUGAGGGAGGCUCGGCAGGAGAAUUCGGAGCUGAAGAGCACCGCGAGAAAACUCGGCGAGAAGUUGGCUAUUGCCAAAGACAGGUUGCUGCUACAGGAGUGUCACGUGACACAGGAAACUGAUGUUGUGAAGACUGAGAACGAAGUCCUGGGGAAAACGAAGGAUCUGGAAGUCUGCAGUCUUCAUCCUCAGCAGGACCAAGGCUUUCCCAAGUUGUGUCACUGCAGUAAAGGAGGCUCAGAAACAAAGACCAAGAAAGGAGCAAGCGGUGAAAUAGAGCGCUUGAAGCAGAAAUAUGAAGAGGACCUUCGUAAAGUCAGACAUCAGACCGAAGAUGAGAAGCAGCAGCUCCAGGAGCAGCUGGGGAAGCGCCUGGAGGACCUGGUGAAGAAGCACACUGUGGAAAUGAAGUCGGCGCGCUCUUCUGCGGAGGUGGAAAGAAAGAAACUGAAGGAAGUAGAAGCUCAAUUGGAAGAAGUAAAGACAAAAUCAGAAAGGGAGAUAAAGCAACUGGAAGACGAGAAAGCUGCCCUCAGUGUGAAGCUUCAGAAUUCUCUACUCGAGGAUCCACGCCCGAAGCCACAGGAUCCUUCUCUGGCACUGCCCAGAGAAGAGGACCCGGAGAAGCCGACAGCGGAAGAAGGAAGCAGCAGCGAUGAUGAAGAAGAAAGGAUUGGAGAGCCCCUCAAGGAAGGAAGUGAUCUACAGCCUCCCCAGGGCUCUGUGCUGAAGGAGAAGGCAGUGGAGACUGGACAUCAACCAGAGGACUGGCAAAGCCAAAAUGUCAAACUACAAACCCAGACCACAGCGGAGCUCCUGAAGGCCUCCGGUCACAGUGUCCAGAGCCAACACCAGGCACACCUACUGGAGCUCCAGGCCCUUGAGGAGGAAGCCAGACAAGAGCUGCAAGAGGAACAUGAGCAGACACAAGCCCAACAGCCUCUGCUGCUUGAGUCCCUGAGGCAGGAGCUGGCGGAGCAGCGAUCUGCCUCUGAGCAGCAGAAGGCCCUGGAGGUGCUACCGAAUGAGCAAAGGGCCCUGGGCACAAACCACACCUUCACUGCAGAGGAUGUAGGUGUUACAGGGCCUCCUGGUUCUGUGCCCUACGCUGCAGAGAAAGGGCUCCUGGAGGAGAACGCUCAGCUCCAAGACACUGUACUACGCCUGCGCGCAGAAGUGGAACAGCACCUGCAGGAGGCGCUGCAGCUGCGCGAGCAGCACCGGUUGCUGGAGGAGGACCAGAAAGCCCAGAGAGCCAUGGAGGUGGAAGCACUCCGUCAAGAACACCGGAAGGAGAUGCAGGCCAUGGUGGCAGAUUUCAGUGGUGCUCAUGCCCGGCUCCAGGCCAGGCUGGCGGCUCUGGAAGCCGAACUUAAAGAUUCUGGAGAGAAGCCAGGGAAAGGAACCUCGCGGCCCGAGGACCUGCAGCUCAUAGGCCGCCUGCAGACACGUCUGAAGGAGAGAGAGGACAUCAUCAGACAGCUGACGGAAGAGAGAAAAUUUCACUACGCAGCCUUCCCCAGUGCAAUGUCCCAUCGGAAUCGGUCCUUCUCAUUCAAUCCUCACCCAGGAUACUUGACCCCUUCCAUGAAGAAAAAGAAGAUGGAGGAAGUGCCCAGCCGAGUGGUCAGCGUGCCAAACCUUGCCUCCUAUGCAAAGAACUUUCUGAGCGGAGAUCUGAGCUCCAGGAUCAACGCCCCUCCCAUAACAAAGUCACCUAGCCUGGACCCAAGCCCCAGCUGUGGCCAGCCCACCAGUUACAAACCCACCCAGUUACUUGAUGGGAAAACUGCCACAAGGGCACAAGAUGGAGAACCAGGUCAAGCCAAAGAGGCCCCACAGAAGCAAGGCUCUCCGCAUCAGGAGUGGUUUACCAAGUAUUUUUCAUUCUAAGCUCAUCUUUGGGAUCUGUUCCAAGGAGUGCAUUAGAGAAUCGUUUCGACCAUCUGAAAGAAUGAAUUAAAAUCAUCCAGCCAGUAGCUAGCUGGUACUUUCAUGUGAUAGAUAGCUAAAACAAAGUGUGGCAUUAACAUUCCAGUUUCAUUGUGACACCUGCUUACUUUACAAUUCUUAUAGUUAAAGCUGAAACAAGCCAGUUAUUAAAAAGUAUCCCUUGGAAAAUGCUAUUAAUCUCUGAUGACCAAAUUACCCAUUGUAUUUCCAGUGCCUGUAAUGUCACACUCCACUUGGUGGGAUAUCAGACUAGUGACUGCCAUGGUCUGCUUUCAAAGUGAUUUUUUUUCUUGGUCAUCUCCAAAGAGUUAUGCUAUAUAUUUCCACAUAUGUAAGAUGAUAAUUUCAAAAUGCACAUCCAACCUCAAUAUGAAGAGGAAUAAAAUAAAGCCAAUGAAGACAAAACAUCAGACCUACCAGGAAUGGACUGAAGCAUGCUUGGACUGCAUGUUACAGUUUCCAAGGUCUAGCACAGGCCGCAGACUACAGAGGGACAACACCUACCUCAAAAGGGACUUUGCACAAUUAAGGAGCAUAGUUCAGGCGCAGCCAGCCAUCAGCCCGAACUGGAAUGCUCAGUGGACAGCUGCGCUUCACCCUGCCAGACAUAUCGGCUUCAGUGACCACUGUGCUAACAGUCUUGUGAGGGAUUCCAGACUGUCUGGUCUCUAAUGUCAAAGAUUGCUGGACCCCUGUCCUUUGAUCUGGGUCACCUGCCUCGGACGUUUGGCUUAACUACUGUGCAGACUCCCAGAAGAGCCGGGAACUGUCCGUGGUGCUGAACCUGCACUCUGCCCACCGUGUCUUACCCACUGACAGUAGAGCUGACCCAAGCUUUUAGUGGGUAGAAUCUUUUCUCUCUGGUGCUGGCCCAGCAAGUGGCUUAUCAACAGAUUCAAUUCUAUGCAUUGUCAAAUAUUUGCUCUUUGAAUAAAACUCUAAACUGGGCAAUAAAAAUGGCUAUUGGCUUGUAUAAUUAGAUUAAGAUAAAGCUCUGAAACAAAUUCCACAUUAAGCUCAAUCAGAUCGUCUACAAAUAAAAUGUAGGUGAUUAGAUCACUUUUAGAGAAAUGUAACUAAAACAAGUUAAAAGGCAAACAAGAUUUUUUUUUGCUUUGUUUUUCUUGUUAGAAUAUGAGUACCAUGUUAGAAUCCUGCCCCUGUUUAGGGUGAAGUGUCACACCACUGACCUACACUACCAGCCCUGUGACACAUUUUUGAAUGUAAACAUUUGUCACCAUAUUCAGAGUGCCACACUGUUUUUCAGUGCCAACUUUUUGUCUUUCCUGCUCAGGAUGUGUCUGAUAUAACCUGAAGACACUGCACGGUUGGGCUGCUGUACUAAAUCAAGACAGGGUUAAUUGAGACAACAGAAAUGGAUGACUUGAGAGCAGAGAUAUCUCCACGACAGGACCUCAUGUGCAAUGAAGCUGGUUUAGGCCUCUUCAGAAUGGGCCCCACGUGUUGGCAUUUCCUCCGUAUCCACCCUAGUCUUAGUGCAUCUCCAUUUUAACUCAAAAGUAUGGAAAGUUCUACUUAUUGUGUUAGGUCAGCACUAGAGACGUUUAGAUUUGGGAGCACUUUGGAUUAGGAAAUGCCCAGUCUGUUUCCUACUAAGUAUCAAGUUCCAAUAUUUGACAAUUAGCAGUGCACAUUGUGUUUUUAUUGAGGGCUUUAAGAAAUUAGCUACAGAUGGUUCUGCUGUUUUGAUCUGGGCACUUCCCCAGCACUGCAACCUUUGGUGAGAAGCAUAGGUUGCUUUCCUACUACCCAGUGUAUUAUCUUUUUGCUGCCGAGACUGAAUACCUGACAAAAAGAACUCAAAAAUGUUUAUCAUGGUUCAGAGCACCAUGGCAGGGAAGGUGUGAGGACAGAGUUGAGGUUGAGGGUCACACUGUAUCCAGAUGGGAAGUGGAGAGCAAAGAAUUCUGAUGCCCAGCUCAUGUUCUCCUUUAUUCAGUACUGGAUCCCAGUACAUGGAAUGGUACUGCCCACAUAGAGUGGGCCUUCCCACCUCAAGCAGCAUAAUCUAGAAACUUCCUUCACAGACAUGCCAAGGUCUUUCUCCUAGCCAGGUUUAAAUCCUGUCAAGUUGAUAACGGCCAUGAAAUGGGGCAAAGGUGGCAGUCAUUCAUUUCAUCUGGCAGGAUGUCUGAUAGUUUGAAUGGCAUGUUGCCUUUAUUUUGGACUAAUAAGAUCAUUGUCUGACUUUAUCACUACUUCAGGGUGACUGAGGUUUAGUGUCCUGGUCCUGUUUACAUCAGCAGAGUAACAGGGCAGGCACUGCUGAGUGCUGACGAACUGUGCUAAGAGAGUUCCUAAGUCUGGAGUAGGGUGACUGACACUGUUGCUGAGCUCACUGCCCACGGGAGGAGCCCAUGGAUGGGCCUGACUGUAGCAGCCUGCUGGGUAGGCCAAUAUCCAGGACUGGCACAACCAGUAUUAGUUCCUAUAACUGUGUUUUAUGCAACAGCACUUUCAAAAGCAAAACUGAGUAGGAGUCUUCAGUUAAGGACCCAACUCUCAGGAAUGUCAACAAUUGGUUGGAUAAAGCAAAGGGAAAAAAGGAAGAUGUGUUACAAAGUCCAGGUAUAGAAGAUAAGGAAGUGAGUGUCCGUCUGAUUGUGGUCAAAGACAUCAGAAGAGCAAAUGUAUGAUGGACAGAGGAAGCAGAGCUGGGAAAGAUGGAGAAAUGUUUAUGAGAGAAUUUGGGUGAGCUGAGAGAGGCCAAGGACAGACAGUUGCAAGUGGCAGAACCAGCAAGUGGUUAAUCCUAGUGAAAGUAACUGGCCAUGCAACAAGUGGAAAGAUCUUACUCAGGUAGGCGGCUGAAACUAAAGGUUGGAAAAAAGCUUCCUUAACUCUGUUGGGUUACACAUGGGAGCAGCAAGCCAAAGGAACCCCCUAAGAGGCAUGCAGCCUGGCAUUUCUGUUCAUUCACCAACCAUUAAGCUGCCGUGUAGUUAAGAAAAAGAUGGAUGGAGCUGGGUUGAUAGCAGAGACAGUUCAGUAAGUGACUUUCAUGCAAGCUGAAGACCUGAGCUCAGAUCUCUUGUGCCAGAAUAAAUAGCCCAGCAGAGUAGCUCAAUCCUAGUGCUGAGAGGCAGGAGGAUCACUGAGGUCUGCCAGCCAGCUUGUCAGUUAAAGUAAGCCCCAUAUUCAGAGAAACUGUGCAUCAGAAAGUGAGGUGGAAGGAGAUGCCACAUGACAUGGAUCUCUGACCUUCCCAAAAACUCACACAUACUCCUCUCCUCCCCCAAUAAAAACGAUGCUUACAAACUGACAAAAUGGAAAAACCAUUUUACCCAUUGAACUCAAUAAAGUAACAAUAACUUGUAUAUAUACUAAUUUGAAGUACUUUUACUAAGCACCAAGAACAGUUUCUAGUAAUUUCACCACCACCUUUAUUAUUAAAAACCAGCCAAAAUAUAAGAAGUUUAUUUAGGUCUUAGCUAAGAAUCCAUGAAAUGUAAAGCUGCUGGUCAGUACUUCGUAAAGUGGGUGGUUUCAGGGGUUUGGGAAACGGAUCUCGUGGAGCCUACAACAGUCUCAAACUCUGAUCCUCCUUCCUCUACCUCCAAAUGCUAGAAUAAAACAUGCCACCAUGCCCAGCCUACAUUUUUCAACACUGCUUAACCUAUAUAUUCCAUUAAGGGGACUUGAUGGCCUCAGGCUGGCUCUCAUUAGUCGCUGAGCUAUACAUCACACAAUCAAGCACACACAUGGAAAUAGGAAGAUCUUGCAUAAUUAAGGAAGUGCCUAAUUCUCACAGGCAUACUACAGAGCAAGUAACACAGAGACAGCCACAAUGGAUAAGUUAUGAAAGUUGACAGAAUUAAAAAAAAAAAAAAAAGGCUAUGCCUU